GACUGGCCUCACCCUCAGACCCAUUUGGGGCAGAGGGCUGACCUUUCCCAGGCGUGGGGCAAGUGCCUCCCCCAAUUAAGGAGGUCAAGGGGGUAAGCGAUUCUCUAGACGGGUAAACCGUAGGUGGAAGGGAGAGAUAGUCCCUUCGUUAAUAGUUUCUUCAUUAGCUGCAUGGGAGAAGAACAGAAGUGCCCCCUUCAGCUCCCUCCUCCAGCUUUAAUAGAUUCUGUGUGACCAAGAAGGGAGGGGGGGGGGAACACUCUGUUUUCUCCAUGUCCCAUUGCCGCCCCCACCCGGAAACAUGAUCAGCGCCCCGGACGUGGUGGCCUUUACCAAAGAGGAAGAGGAGGAGGAGGAAGCCUACAGCGACCCGCCUCUACCCGAGGAGUACUCAGUGCCGCUCUUUUCCUCCCCCUUCGCCAGCCAGGGGGCCAACCCCUGGUCCAAGCUCUCCGGCGCCAAGUUCACACGGGACUUUAUCCUCAUCUCAGAGUUCUCGGAGCAGGUCGGGCCCCAGCCGUUGCUCACCGUCCCUGAUGACGCCAAAGUUUCCGGCACCUUCGAUCUCAACUAUUUUUCCCUUCGCAUCAUGUCGGUGGAUUAUCAGGCCUCCUUCGUUGGGCACCCACCUGGGUGCCCGUACCCAAAGCUGAACUUCGUGGAAGAUUCGAAAGUAGUGUUGGGGGACUCCAAGGAAGGAGCUUUCGCUUACGUGCACCACCUGACUCUUUAUGACCUUGAAGCGAGAGGUUUCGUCCGCCCUUUUUGCAUGGCCUACAUUUCAGCCGACGAGCACAAAAUUAUGCAGAUGUUUCAAGAGCUCUCCGUAGAGUUCUCGAAAGCCUCGGAGUGUUUAAAAACGGGCAACCGGAAAGCCUUUGCGAACGAAUUGGAAAAGAAACUGAAAGACCUCAACUAUACUCGAACUGUACUGCACAACGAAACGGAGGUCCAGAAGAAAAACAACGAAAAAGGGUACUACAGCACGCAGGCUAUUGAGAAGGCCAACGAACUGGCCAGUGUUGAGAAAUCUAUCAUAGAGCACCAAGAUCUUCUCAAACAGAUCAGAUCCUAUCCUUACAGUAAACUGAAAGAUUCCGAUUUUCAUCCUUAUGAGCCAGAGAGUGCAGUGGAACUGGCAGAAGACAACUUGGAACAGGGAGUUACUACCUCAAAACCUGACGAAACUGGUGAAAUGAACCCGUAUCCCCGGCGCUCAUCUUACACCCCGAAGCUUAUCAAGGCAAAAUCCACCAAGUGUUUCGACAAGAAACUCAAAACCCUUCAAGAACUGUGCGAUGUAUACUUUUUCACCCAGACGCUCGAUCAGUUGCAUCAGAUUGAAAAAACAUUCAGAGGUGACGUUUGCUAUCUUUUAACCAAUCAGAUCAGCCGAGCACUUUUGAAAAAACAAACAAUUACCAACUUUCUCUUUGAAGAGACGUUCACUGUCGAGGAAAGACCGCCUGAGAAACAGUCGAAUGCCUUCCAGGCGUCUCCUCUAGAUUCCUCUGAUGCCAAAUACUUGGAGGUCUGUCCUGUUCCAAAAAUGGCAAUUAACUUGACGGUUUACAAAUCCAGUGUCGAGUCUGUACCCAUUAAGAUGGAUCAGGAACUCGAAGACACCCCAGGCACGGAAGUUGGUGAGCCGAUGGCUUACGACCAACAGGACAAUCUUGGAUACCUUGAUGCAGACCUCAAAGGAAGCGUCAGCAGCGGCGAAAGCAUUGAGGUUUUGGGGACAGAGAAGUCCGCAGCCGCCCUUGCUCUGUCUGAAAGCCAGGCCAGCUUGCCACAGCCUCACCCAAGUCCACAGGCAGUGAGGAACAAAGCCGUCAGUCGGCGGACCAUAAGUGAGGACAGCAUCGAAGUCCUCAGCACGUGUCCCUCAGAAGCACUGAUUCCUGACGACUUUAAAGCGAGCUACCCAAGUGCCAUUAACGAAGAGCCUUAUGCCGACGAAGAAGACGAAGGUCUUCGCUUCAGCCCCAGUUUAAAUCUGGACCGUGCCGAAGAGAUGGGAGGCGAUCCGGAACCCGAAAACCUGCUUCCUGCGGACUCCACCUGCUGCAUCGGAAAAGAGAGCUCCAGCUUUCUUGAGCCGCUGCCUAACCUGGCCCCCAAACUUUGCGACGACGACGGGGUGGUCAGUAUCCCACCCCGGCCCUACCGACAGGCGGACCAGGAAUUCCGCAUAAAUUUUACAGACUAUUCUUCCCACGAUGGCAUCACGGGAAGCCUCCUGACGUACGAACCGGAUCCGCAUUAUCUCAUGAGCAGCCCCGAGACGGGUAAGAUAAGCCUGGAUAAGUGUUCGGACUCGACUGUGAGUUACAUGAGCAGCACGGGGUCUACGAGCUCGGACAGGACGCCUUCCCCCGCCCCUCUCAUCGGCCCGUCGGGAGAAAGGCACAAGAAGAAAGCAGGCCAGAACGCCCUGCGGUUCAUCCGGCAGUAUCCUUUCGCUCACCCAGCCAUAUAUUCUCUGCUAAGCGGCAGGACGCUGAUCGUGCUGGGGGAAGACAAAGGGGCCGUGGAGAAACUCGUCACGGCGCUCUCCAUUUUUGUCCCCAACUGCGGGGCAUAUGCCAAGCCGGUGAAGCACUGGACCACCUCACCUUUACACAUCACCGAUUUUCAGAAGUGGAAGCUAAUUGGAUUGCAAAGCCGCUACAGCCGCUACAUCAGCAUCCUGGACGCCGACAGCAAGACCCUGCGCUGCCCCCAGUACCGGGGGGCCCUGAUCUCCCGGCUGGCCGACCACCGCACGCAGAUCAAGCGGGGGAGCACCUACUACAUGCACGUCCAGACCCUCCUCACCCAGCUCUGCUCCAAGGCCUUCCUGUACACCUUCUGCCACCACCUGCACCUCCCCAUCCGCGAGGGGGAGACGGAGGACUCCGUGGCGGCCCGGCGGCUGAACUUCCUGAAAGCCCACCUGGGGCUGCCGCACGAGGACAGCAGAGUGGUGCAGUACCUGGCCGAGCUCCUCAAACUCCAGUACCUUCAGGAUCCCGUCCGGGGGGUCAGCCCGGUGCUCAGGUUCGAUUACGUGCCCAGUGCUCUGUACAAAAUCUAGGGCCCCCUCCCCUCCCGCCCCGCCCGCGACCUCUCACCUGGCGUUUGGCUCUGCUCGCCCGCAACUCCUCGCCGGCCUUCGCCCGCUUCCACUGUCAACGUGGUCUGUACGGUGGCAGAGAAGGACCUGUGAACGGGCGAAGAAGUCCUCCUCAUUCCGGCGAGACUGUGAAAAUGCCCAUCACGCUUCUCUCUCUCUCUCUCUCUUGUUUUAAAGGAUCCCGUCCACUUCUAAAUCACUGUUUAA